GGGCCACUAUAAAUAUCAACCUCUGGCUUUCUCAGCUUCUCCUUCCUUCCAUUCGCAUCAUUUUUCAUCAAGAAAAACUGUGGUUCUGCAUUCAUAAACACAGCCUUAGUUUCCUGGAUCUGAGUCUCGAACGUUCAACUUGCUUGCUUGUAUAUAUAUGGAGAUUCCGGAUAUCCUAACCAGUUUUCAAGCAGGCAUGAACGGUCUGCAAAACCCAUCUCUGCUGUCGCGAUUCUUCUCCCUUCCCGGCAUCGGAAAAGUCCCUCAAGUGUACAGUUUCUGGAAAUGGGGCGCUUUGAUUCUAGCCUUGGUCGCUACUUUCAGCGGCGUAAUCACCAGAAUCAAGCUUUUAGUUCUUCGAUUCUGCAAAGAUAAGUUCUUACUUUCUUCAGGACCUCGGUGGACCCAGCAGCUCGACGAGGAGGACGAUGAAGACCGGUCCUGCUCCUCGGAUUCAUCGGAGAACGACGAAGAGGACGACGAGCCUACGACCUCGUUUCAGGAUCGACAUCCAGUCGAUGAAGUGUUCUCCGUCGCUGGUUCGGGUCGCGAUUUGCGGCAACGUCGGCGUCGCAGCGGCGGCGAUAGGCACUGGUGGUCGGAGCUUGGCAGCGGCAAGAACGUUGUGAAGCUGUGGGACAGUAUUGGGUUAUGGUCAGAACCAGAAGAUGAGUCCGAGAGUGUUGUUUCGAUUUGGGAUCUGAACAAAGAUCAGAAAGUUAGCUCCUUUUCUAGCCGGGGAUGUGAGAUUCCGGCCAUGUCUAUCUCUUCGCCGGCGGUUAUAUAUUCAGCCGGAUCGAAUAAAAGAGACAAUAUUUUCUUAGGAGUUUUCGAUACGAGGGUUGGAGGUCAGACUCCGGCGAUACACACGCAGUGGCGGCCACUGCGGGGGAAGGUGGUGGGUAUAGGUUCCGGCGGCGUGGAGAAGGUCUACGUCAUGGAGGACGUCGGCGGCGCGUCGAGAGUAGGCGACAUGAGGAACGUGAAGAGGCCAUUGGAGAAUUUGACGGAAUCUAAUGGAGAUACCUGGUGGGAUGCUGACGCCGUUAUCAUCCCGAACUCGUUCGCAGACGAGUCGCAAUAAAAUCCGAUUUGACUCACUUGGAGUGCCGGGUUAUGACCCGGCGAAAUGUUCCCCGUUCUAGAAAGGGGCAAUUCGGUCCAAAAAUAAGUAGAAGUGGACUGGGCUGGCUGGCUGGCUGUAUGUAAAUUCUUGUUUCAUCUGGGCGUAAUCAAUGUUUAAUUAGUUAAUUUUUAUGUAAAAUUUCCAAUCAAACUUUAGGGGAGUAAUUAUUAACUCGAUCUCGAAGACUAUAUUGGUAUA